UAUACGUGCUUCCAUCAUCAUUUCAUUCAUCGACGAAUUCGCAUUGCCGUUAAAGACUUUUGAGUAUCGUACGAAAAGCAACGAAGCGAUCGUAAGAGACGCAUCCACCGAAGACAAACCCCGUUCGAAGAUGUUCAAAAUUCUUUUUCCCGGAGAUGCUAUCUAACAACUGCGUAUCCUGGCUGGUGCGGAAGGAGACAAAUGCGUUGCAUCGCCUAAGACUUUCAGGCCCGAUAACUAUGGGCCCGGUUGAUCGAGCUUCCGCUGUAUCGAGUGCGAUAGAAAAUUGAUCACCAGGAGUAGUACGCGUUGAAUCGGGCGAGAAGGACGGCGAGUGGUUCGCAGGACGUCUCGUGUACCCAGCACGUGCAUGGCCCAGUCGUCGAGAACCGCCGCGGGCCCGCCGCGGUCCCAAUCCUAUCAAUGCUGCCGUGUUGCACAACGAUUACAUGCCUUUCCAGUCGUCCUUUCGCUUUUUCUCUGCACCUCCUUCGCGAAGGCCGUAGCAGCCUACGGUCCCGGCGCGGUGGUAGCAUGCUCUCGCCAUAGUACUCUCUCUUUCCUAAACACCGUUUGCACCGGUAUCCCCCGUUCCCUACGCGUGCUCGGCCAUCGGGGAGAGGCCAGUCGCGCGGAGCCCACCGAGGCUGCCUGCUGUACUCGUUGGCGACACCCUGGACACGAAUUGUCCAAGGUUCGCGAUAGUCGACGCGGUAAUUUCGCGGCUUCCGUGGGGCUCGCCGCGGUGGACUGCAUUUCGUGCACCCGCUCCGCGAACCGAGCUACGGUUUUCUGUUAGGCCCGGGACCCAAAGAACUCGCGAUGUGGCUCGACUGUGUAGACGUAGAGGGACGACAGAUGCUGGCACUAAUGAGUACGACGAAGCCCGGUUUUUUGGAGAUCGACAAUGAUAAAUUCAAGACCAUCAUGAAAAUAUCGAGCGAAGAUGGGAUCGAGCAGAGAAAGGAUCGGUCCGGGAAAGACGAGGAUGCCUCUAAAACGCUGCAACUUCUUCGAAUAAAAGGAUAUCCGCGAUUGUUGCCCGAAGGGAUCCAGGCGUUGGUUAAUUAUUGCCGGUACUUGCGAGAAUUGUGUCUCUCCUAUUCGUUGCUCAGCGACGAAUUGUUACUAGCCCUAAGCUCUGAGAAACAUAUGCAAUUGGAGACUUUGCGAUUGGAGGUGCAUCAGGAAAUAAAACCACUUCCACGAGUCAGCGAUACUGCUUGGUGUACAUUUUCGAGUCAACUGCCGAACAUUAACCUAGUGCUAUCGUCGUACAUGACGGACGACGACGAUCAGAAUGUGCUUCUUGCUCCCUACGUUCCUAUAACACACUUGUACUUUGGGGAGGCACCGUCUGAAGCAACAUUGUUACGCAUUGGUUGCGUAUAUCCUCGAUUGGUCGAGUUAGUUAUUGCUGCUUACGGACCGGACACACUUGACCGAGCACUGCUCUCUAUCGCUGAAGGAUGUCCAUGCCUAAGCGCUGUCGGUUUGGGCGAUUGUGAAAUCACUUGCUCAGGUUUGUUGGAAUUCGUCACAGUCUGCGCAAAACGACUACGAAUACUGUACGUCUGGGAAACGUCGCUAGUAGAAGACUCCGAACUGGACGUGACGGAAUUAUCGAAAAAGAUUUCGCAGCUCCUUGGUCGAACAUGGGUACCUGAAUACAUACCAUUGUGCUGAAAGUUUUUAGUGGUAAUUAGAUGAAUUUUUACGACACGCUGAUGGCAGACAAUAGUGUUGCGCAUUUAUCAGAAAUGUGCGUAAGUGAUAAUUAGAUUGUACGGUCCUUCAUCUUCCAUUUUUUGUACACGAAUCAAUUGCACAGAGGGCAGAAAAAUAUGAUUUUGAAUCGCCACAUAAGAAUUGUAUAUGUGUUGCACGUUUCAUAAUGUUAAUAUUUAUUUUUUAAAAAAACCCGUUGUUCAAAAUCAUCGUCAUUGAACCCCGAAAUUGUAGUGUACGAUCGUUUUAAGGUAAAAGUAUUUCAUAUUCCGAUUACAAACUACAGUUUAUAAUCGGAUCGAUCAUUUUUUUAUGGUAAACAAGCACACGAAAAUGUAACCAUAUUUUUGUUAUUGUCAUCAUUAAUUUAUAUUAUUAUGUUAAAUAUCCGAAUUAGUGUGAAAUAUAUUAUCAGUUUUACAUGACUCGAUGAAAAAGAACGAAAAAAGCCACUUAUUGUAAAAAUUGCUCGUAUCUGUUAAUACCAAAAAAUAUAAACUUUAUUAGAUUAUAAUGGUACCUUUUUGCGAGUGGUGUAUAUAAAAUAAAAUGAUACCACUACUUAUUUAUCAA